AAGGUUGUGCCCGCCCUCUGUGUCUGCGGUUUCACGAGUGCAUAGCAUCUAGUGGAAAACCCUUAACUUAAGCAGAUCUACAGGUAGCUGAGUCCCAGCCGCCAGCAUGUCUGGCACUGCUACAGUCCUGCAGCAGUUUGUGAGUGGCCUUAAGAGUCGAAAUGAAGACACACGUGCCAAAGCUGCCAAAGACCUCCAGCAUUAUGUCACCACAGAACUAAGAGAGCUGAGCCAAGAUGAAGCCACCACCUUCUACGACGAGCUGAACCACCACAUAUUCGAGUUGGUUUCCAGCUCAGAUGUGAAUGAGAAAAAAGGUGGUAUCCUGGCCAUAGUGAGCUUGAUUGGUGUGGAAGGGGGAAAUGCCACCCGUAUCAGCCGUUUUGCCAACUACCUGCGCAACCUGCUUCCCUCCAGCGACUCAGUGGUCAUGGAGAUGGCCUCUAAGGCCAUGGGUCACCUGUCCAUGGCGGGAGACACCUUCACUGCGGAGUAUGUGGAGUUUGAGGUGAAGAGAGCUCUAGAAUGGCUGGGAGCAGACAGGAAUGAGGGCAGACGGCAUGCAGCGGUGCUGGUUUUGCGAGAGCUCGCUGUUAGCGCACCCACAUUCUUCUUCCAGCAGGUUCAGCCGUUCUUUGAUAACAUUUUCUAUGCUGUGUGGGACUGCAAACAGGCGAUCCGUGAGGGAGCAGUAUCUGCACUCAGAGCCUGUCUGAUCCUCACCACCCAGAGAGAGACCAAAGAGAUGCAGAAGCCACAAUGGUACAAGCAAACAUUUGAGGAAGCCGAAAAAGGUUUUGAUGAGACUCUGGCUAAAGAGAAAGGCAUGAAUAAAGAUGACCGUGUCCAUGGAGCUCUACUGAUUCUCAAUGAACUAGUGCGAAUAAGCAGUAUGGAGGGAGAGCGUAUGAGAGAGGAAAUGGAGGAGAUUACACAGCAGCAGAUGGUUCAUGAUAAGUACUGCAAGGAGCUGAUGGGUUUCAGUACUAAACCUCGCCACAUCACGCCCUUCACCAGCUUUCAGUCAGUGCAGCCGCAGCAGUCCAAUGCUCUGCUGGGGCUGCUGGGAUAUAGCACACCACAGGGCUUCCUAAGUUUUGGAGCUGUACCUGUUCCCUCCAAAAGCACGCUGGUGGAGAGCCGGUACUGCAGAGAACUGAUGGAGGAGCAUUUUGACCAGGUGUGCCGUUGGGUGCUGAAAUACAGGACCAGUAAGAAUCCGCUCAUUCAGAUGACUAUCUUAAACCUACUGCCCCGACUUGCUGCCUUCCAGCCUCACACUUUCACUGAUCAGUAUUUAAAGGACACUAUGGGGCACCUGCUUGGCUGCCUGAAGAAAGAGAAGGAGAGAACGGCAGCAUUUCAAGCGUUGGGGUUGUUGGUGGUUGCUGUGAGGGCCGAAAUUCAGCCCUACCUCAGCAAGAUCCUGGAGAUCAUCAAAGCUGCACUGCCACCUAAAGACUUUGCACACAAGAGGCAGAAGACCAUGCAGGUGGAUGCUACUGUAUUCACUUGUAUCAGUAUGCUGUCCAGAGCUAUGGGGCCUAGCAUACAACAGGAUGUCAAAGAACUUCUCGAGCCCAUGUUAGCUGUUGGUCUCAGUCCUGCUCUGACCGCAGUGCUGUACGACCUGAGCAGGCAGAUCCCACUGCUGAAGAAGGACAUUCAGGAUGGGCUGCUAAAAAUGCUUUCUCUUGUGCUCAUGCACAAGCCUCUGCGUCACCCCGGUAUGCCCAAGGGCCUGGCGUACCAGCUGGCGUCACCCAGCCUGACCAAUAUCCCUGAGGCUAGUGACGUGGGCAGCAUCACCCUGGCACUGCGCACUCUAGGCAGCUUUGAAUUUGAAGGUCAUUCGUUGACUCAGUUUGUUCGCCACUGUGCUGACCACUUCCUGAACAGUGAGCACAAGGAGAUCCGCAUGGAGGCAGCGCGUACCUGCUCGCGUCUGCUCACCCCCUCCAUCCACCUGAUCAGCGGCCACGGUCACGUGGUCAGUCAGACCGCUGUGCAGGUGGUGGCUGACGUUCUCAGCAAGUUACUGGUGGUUGGCAUCACUGACCCAGACCCUGAUAUUCGAUACUGUGUGCUGGCCUCCCUGGACGAGCGCUUUGAUGCCCACCUGGCACAAGCAGAGAACCUCCAAGCCCUGUUUGUGGCGCUUAAUGAUGAAGUGUUUGAGAUCCGCGAACUGGCCAUCUGCACUAUCGGCCGUCUCAGCAGUAUGAACCCUGCAUUUGUUAUGCCCUUUCUGCGCAAGAUGCUCAUUCAGAUCCUUACCGAGUUGGAACAUAGUGGCGUGGGCCGAAACAAAGAACAGAGCACCCGCAUGCUGGGUCACCUGGUGUCUAAUGCCCCCCGACUCAUCCGCCCCUACAUGGAGCCCAUUCUCAAGGCCCUCAUCUUGAAGCUGAAAGAUCCCGAUCCAAACCCUGGAGUCGUUAUCUGUGUUUUAGCUACUAUUGGAGAACUUGCUCAGGUGAGUGGACUGGAGAUGAGGAAAUGGAUGGAUGAGCUGUUCCCUAUUAUUAUGGACAUGCUGCAGGACUCGUCUUCAUUAGCUAAGAGACAGGUGGCACUUUGGACUCUGGGUCAACAAGUAGCCAGUACUGGGUAUGUGGUGGAGCCAUACAGGAAGUAUCCGUCUCUCCUGGAGGUGCUACUCAACUUCCUGAAGACAGAACAGAACCAGGGGAUUAGGAGAGAGGCCAUACGUGUGUUAGGUCUACUUGGAGCUCUGGAUCCCUUAAAGCUCCUCAUGGCAUCUGACUACAGUACCAGUGAGAUGCUGGUCAACAUGGGCAACCUGCCACUAGACGAGUUUUACCCAGCAGUUGCCAUAGUGACUCUGAUGCGCAUCCUGCGUGACCCGUCACUGUCCAAUCAUCACACCAUGGUGGUGCAGGCCGUCACCUUCAUUUUCAAAUCGCUCGGACUGAAAUGUGUGCAGUUCCUGCCUCAAGUUAUGCCCACCUUUCUCAACGUCAUCAGAGUGUGUGAUGCCAGCAUCAGAGAGUUCCUUUUCCAGCAGAUGGGCAUGGUUGUGUGCUUCGUCAAGAUCCACAUCCGGCCGUACAUGGAUGACAUCUUCACACUGAUCCGGGAAUACUGGACUCCAAACAACCCCAUGCAGAACACCAUUAUUUUGCUGAUCGAGCAGAUUGUGGUGGCUCUAGGCGGAGAAUUCAAACUCUAUCUGCCACAGCUCAUCCCACAUAUGCUGCGGGUCUUCAUGCACGAUAACAGCCCUGGACGUAGCGUCACUAUCAAGCUGCUCAUGGCCAUCCAGCUGUUUGGAGCUAACCUGGAUGACUACCUCCACCUACUGCUGCCACCCGUAGUGAAACUGUUCGAUGCCCCUGAUGUCCCCCUGCAGGCCCGCAAGGUUGCCUUGGAGACUUUAGAUCGCCUGACUGAGUCAUUGGACUUCACGGAUUAUGCCUCCAGAAUUAUUCACCCCAUUGUGCGCACUCUCGACGUUACUCCAGAGCUGCGAAACACAUCCAUGGACACACUGUCCUCACUGGUCUUUCAACUUGGCAAAAAGUACCAGAUCUUUAUCCCUAUGGUGAACAAAGUGAUGUUAAAACACCGCAUCAAUCACCAGCGCUACGAUGUUCUCAUCUGUCGAAUCGUCAAGGGCUAUACUUUGGCAGAAGAGGAAGAGGACCCUCUGAUAUUUCAGCAUAGACAAUUACGUGGUAAUCAAAGUGACACUCUGGCUAGUGGCCCGGUCGAAUCGGGACCUAUGAAGAAACUGCACGUCAGCACAACUGCUCUUCAGAAGGCAUGGGGUGCAGCCAGGAAGGUCUCCAAAGAUGACUGGCUGGAGUGGUUAAGACGUCUUAGUGUGGUCUUGCUAAAAGAAUCAUCUUCACCUGCCCUGCGCUCCUGCUGGUCUCUGGCGCAGACGUAUAUACCACUCGCUAGGGAUCUUUUUAAUGCUGCAUUCUUAUCAUGCUGGUCAGAGCUCAGUGAAGAUCAGCAGGAUGAACUGAUACGCAGUAUUGAGCUUGCUCUGACUUCUCAGGAUAUCGCUGAGGUCACACAGACACUGCUUAAUCUUGCAGAAUUCAUGGAGCACAGUGAUAAGGGCCCACUUCCCUUGAGAGAUGACAAUGGAAUUGUUCUGCUGGGGGAGAGAGCUGCUAAAUGUCGGGCCUACGCCAAGGCCCUGCACUACAAGGAACUUGAGUUUCAAAAGGGCCCUUCACCACUCAUUUUAGAAUCCCUCAUCAGCAUCAAUAAUAAGCUCCAGCAGCCAGAGGCAGCAUCAGGAGUUCUGGAGUAUGCCAUGAAACACUUUGGAGAAUUGGAGAUCCAAGCCACCUGGUAUGAGAAACUUCAUGAGUGGGAAGAUGCUUUGGUCGCCUAUGAUAAAAAAAUCGACAUGAACAAAGAUGAUCCGGAGCUUAUCCUGGGUCGCAUGAGAUGUCUGGAAGCACUAGGCGAAUGGGGUCAGCUGCACCAGCAGUGCUGUGAGGAAUGGACUUUGGUCAGCGAGGAGACUCAAGCCAAGAUGGCCCGCAUGGCAGCGGCUGCAGCAUGGGGACUGGGCCACUGGGACAGUAUGGAAGAGUAUACCUGCAUGAUCCCACGAGACACCCAUGAUGGAGCCUUUUACAGGGCAGUGCUUGCUCUACACCAGGAUCUCUUCUCAUUGGCUCAACAGUGCAUUGACAAAGCCAGAGACCUACUGGAUGCUGAGCUCACCGCCAUGGCUGGAGAGAGUUACAGUAGAGCAUAUGGGGCCAUGGUGUCUUGUCAGAUGCUGUCUGAGUUAGAGGAGGUGAUCCAGUAUAAACUGGUUCCUGAGAGGAGGGACAUUAUACGGGAAACGUGGUGGGAGAGGCUGCAGGGUUGCCAGCGUAUUGUGGAGGACUGGCAGAGGAUCUUGAUGGUGCGCUCCCUGGUCAUUAGUCCACAUGAGGACAUGAGGACAUGGUUGAAGUACGCUAGCCUCUGUGGAAAAAGUGGAAGACUAGCACUAGCCCAUAAAACCCUCAUUCUCCUGCUGGGUGUGGAUCCCUCCAAACAGCUCGACCAUCCCCUGCCCACCGCCCACCCUCAUGUCACCUACGCUUAUAUGAAGUACAUGUGGAAGAGCACUCGCAAGAUCGAUGCAUUCCAGCAUAUGCAGCACUUUGUGCAGGGGAUGCAACAGCAAGCACAACACGCUAUCGCAGCAGAAGACCAGCAGCACAAACUGGAGCUGCACAAACUGAUGGCACGGUGUUUUCUGAAGCUGGGGGAGUGGCAGCUCAGCCUUCAGGGUAUCAAUGAAAGUACCAUCCCUAAAGUGUUACAGUAUUACAGUCACUCAACAGAGCACGAUCGCAACUGGUACAAGGCCUGGCAUGCUUGGGCAGUAAUGAACUUUGAGGCUGUGCUUCACUACAAGCACCAGAACCAGGGCCGUGAUGAGAAGAAGAAACUACGACACGCAAGCGGUGCCAGUGCCAACAGCGAAGCCAGUAACAGUGACAGUGAGGCCGACAGCACAGAGCACAGCCCUGUACCCUCCCCUGGACAGAAGAAAGUCAAUGAAGAUUUGUCCAAGACUCUCCUUCUGUACACAGUGCCUGCAGUGCAGGGAUUUUUCAGAUCUAUCUCACUCUCACGUGGAAAUAACUUACAGGACACACUAAGAGUCCUGACCUUAUGGUUUGAUUAUGGCCACUGGCCCGAGGUGAAUGAAGCUCUAGUCGAGGGUAUUAAGACCAUUCAGAUAGACACAUGGUUACAGGUGAUUCCUCAACUAAUAGCUCGGAUCGAUACCCCACGUGCACUGGUGGGACGUCUUAUACACCAGCUACUCACCGACAUUGGCCGCUAUCACCCCCAGGCUUUGAUUUAUCCUCUGACUGUGGCCUCCAAAUCCACUACCACUGCCCGCCACAACGCAGCCAACAAGAUCUUGAAGAACAUGUGUGAACACUGCAACACGCUGGUCCAGCAAGCCAUUAUGGUAAGUGAGGAGCUGAUCAGGGUGGCUAUUCUGUGGCAUGAAAUGUGGCACGAGGGGCUGGAGGAGGCGUCACGUCUGUACUUUGGAGAGAGGAAUGUCAAGGGAAUGUUUGCCGUCCUGGAGCCCCUUCAUGCCAUGAUGGAGAGAGGGCCGCAAACUCUGAAAGAAACAUCCUUCAAUCAGGCUUAUGGCCGAGACCUGAUGGAGGCGCAGGACUGGUGCAGAAAGUACAUGCGAUCAGGUAACGUGAAGGACCUGACGCAGGCCUGGGACCUGUACUACCACGUGUUCCGCAGGAUCUCCAAACAGCUGCCACAGCUCACUUCACUAGAGCUUCAGUACGUCUCACCUAAACUACUUAUGUGUCGUGAUCUGGAGUUGGCCGUGCCCGGAACAUAUGACCCCAAUCAGCCAAUCAUACGUAUUCAGUCUAUUGCUCCCUCAUUGCAGGUCAUCACCUCCAAACAGCGGCCACGCAAACUCACUAUCAUGGGUAGCAACGGUCAUGAAUUCAUGUUCUUGCUGAAGGGUCAUGAGGAUCUACGGCAAGACGAGAGGGUCAUGCAGCUUUUUGGCUUAGUGAACACUCUACUGGCUAAUGACCCAGCCUCCCUGCGCAAGAAUCUGAGUAUUCAGCGCUAUGCUGUGAUCCCACUCUCCACCAACUCUGGUCUGAUCGGCUGGGUUCCUCACUGUGACACGCUGCACGCACUGAUUCGAGACUACCGAGAGAAGAAGAAGAUCCUACUCAACAUUGAACAUCGCAUCAUGCUUAGGAUGGCACCUGACUAUGAUCACUUGACUCUCAUGGAGAAGGUAGAGGUGUUUGAGCAUGCAGUGAACAAUACAGCAGGAGAUGACCUGGCCAAACUGCUCUGGCUUAAGAGUCCCAGCUCAGAGGUUUGGUUUGAUAGGAGGACCAACUACACCCGCUCACUAGCUGUCAUGUCCAUGGUUGGCUAUAUCUUAGGGCUUGGGGACAGACAUCCUUCCAAUCUGAUGUUGGACAGGCUCAGUGGAAAGAUACUGCAUAUUGAUUUUGGGGACUGUUUUGAGGUUGCAAUGACAAGAGAAAAAUUCCCUGAGAAAAUACCUUUCAGAUUAACCCGAAUGUUAACCAAUGCCAUGGAGGUGACCGGACUGGAUGGUAAUUACCGGAUUACAUGUCACACGGUGAUGGAAGUACUUCGUGAACACAGGGACAGUGUCAUGGCCGUGCUGGAGGCUUUUGUCUACGAUCCAUUACUCAACUGGAGGCUUAUGGACACAAACACUAAAGGUAACAAGCGCUCCAGGACCAGAACUGACUCCUACACGGCAGGACAGUCUGUCGAAGCCAUGGAGGGUAUUGACCUGGGAGAAACAACCCUCAAAAAGCCUGGAACUACAGUGCCUGAGUCAAUUCACUCCUUCAUUGGAGAUGGCCUUGUGCAACCUGAAGCCUUGAACAAGAAAGCCAUCCAAAUUAUCAAUAGGGUGCGGGACAAGCUAACUGGACGAGACUUUUCCCACGAUGAGACCCUUGACGUACCAACUCAAGUGGAGCUGCUCAUCAAACAAGCUACUUCGCAUGAAAACCUGUGCCAAUGUUACAUUGGAUGGUGCCCUUUUUGGUAGAGCUUCUUAUUGUUCCUGCUUUCUUUUUCUUUAUUUUACUGUAAAAUUCACCUGUGAUGGUGAUAUAAACACAGAGUUAGAAAACUCGAGUUGAUUUGGAAAAAUGUGAGCAUAUGUGAAAAUUAAAGUUGUGCUUGUCGAUCACUUCAAUCUCUAAGCAACCUCAGAAAAAUCUGAAGAAUGUCAUCUUGGGUGAUGUUGUGUUAGAUGUGUAUAACAUUGUCACUGUUUUGUUUUAUUUGAAAUUAUUUGUACCAGUUAAGCUAAUCUUGAUCUGUUGAUUGCCUGUUAUUUUAUUAAGAACUCAGAAGAACUACCAAGAAAUGUCCAGGUCAAAUAGCAUUGUACAGGAGGCAGACACACUCUGUCAGUUUAAAUCUAGAUUACAGACCCAUCUCUUUAACAUACACAUAACACACGAUCACUUUUCUAUAAAUCAAAUCUGUUAAAGGAUUGUUAGUCUGCACUAACUAGGUCAAGCAGAACCGGGAACACUUCCCCCGUAUCCAGUCCGGAUGGUGGAUCAGCACCUAGAGACGACCUCUACAGCCCUGAAUGUCAGCAGAGACCAUGUCAACUAGACAAACCCUAGAGACAGAUCCCCUGUGAAGACCUCAUCAGUCAUCAUCACAAGACCACGAGAAGCAGAUGAGUCCUCUGCUCAAUCUGACGUGCAUUGCAGCCUGGAAUUAAACCACACCAUGCUGGUUUU